GGGAGGGAGUGAGGGAGGGAGCAGCCGCGGCCCCCUGCUUCCCCGGCCCCGAGGCGGUGAGUGCCGUUUGCUGGGCCUCGUUGUGGCGCCUCGUCCGGCCGUUGAGAUAUGGAUGGCUCAAAGUCACCUGCCUGCACUAUGCAGGUCAGUUUUGUCUGCCAGCGCUGCAGCCAACCCCUUAAGCUGGACACAUCUUUCAAGGUCCUUGACAAAGUCACCAUCCAAGAACUGACAGCUCCUCUGCUUACUACUGCUCCAGCAAAACUGGGAGAAACACAGGAGGAAGAGACUGCUUUGACAGAGGAAUUGUUUGUUGAAAACCGCCAGGAUGGUGUGUCCCGAAGAUUCAUCCCCCCAGCCAGGAUGAUGUCAACAGAAAGUGCCAACAGCUUCACUCUGAUUGGAGAGGCCUCUGAUGGAGGCACCAUGGAAAACCUCAGUAGAAGGCUCAAGGUUACAGGGGACCUGUUUGACAUAAUGUCUGGCCAGACAGAUGUAGAUCAUCCUCUGUGUGAAGAAUGCACUGACACACUUCUGGACCAGCUGGACACACAGCUGAACAUCACAGAGAAUGAAUGCCAGAACUACAAGAGAUGCCUGGAAAUCCUGGAGCAAAUGAAUGAAGAUGACAAGGAGAAACUGCAGCUAGAGCUGAAGGAAUUUGCUCUUGAGGAGGAGAGACUGAUUGAGGAGCUGGAAGAUGUGGAGCAGAAGCGCAAGACAAUGGCUGAAGACUUUGAGAAGGUCAGGACUGAGGCAGAGCGGCUGGAUCAGGAGGAAGCUGAGUACCAGAAAGAGUACAGUGAAUUCAAGCGGCAACAACUGGAACUGGAUGAUGAACUGAAAAGUGUUGAUAAUCAAAUGCGCUAUGCCCAAAUGCAGCUGGACAAGCUAAAGAAAACUAACGUGUUUAAUGCCACCUUCCAUAUCUGGCAUAGUGGACAGUUUGGCACAAUAAACAAUUUUCGGCUGGGCCGCCUCCCCAGUGUCCCUGUCGAAUGGAAUGAAAUCAAUGCAGCCUGGGGGCAGACCGUGCUGCUUCUCCAUGCCCUUGCCAACAAGAUGGGCCUGACCUUUCAAAGGUACCGCCUCAUCCCAUAUGGAAACCACUCUUACUUAGAGUCUCUCGUGGACAAAUCCAAGGAGCUGCCCCUCUACUGUUCAGGAGGCUUGCGAUUCUUCUGGGAUAACAAAUUUGACCACGCCAUGGUGGCUUUCCUGGAUUGUGUGCAACAGUUCAAAGAGGAAGUAGAAAAGGGCGAGACACGCUUCUGUUUGCCUUACAGAAUGGAUGUGGAGAAAGGCAAGAUCGAAGACACAGGUGGAAGUGGUGGGUCCUACUCCAUUAAGACACAGUUUAACUCGGAGGAGCAGUGGACAAAAGCACUCAAGUUCAUGUUGACAAACCUGAAAUGGGGUUUAGCCUGGGUCUCUUCCCAGUUCUAUAAUAAAUGACUGUGCUAAAGGAGAAGAACUCUGUCCUGUAACAUGUCUGCAGUUUGUUUCAAAGAUGCUAAAAGCAGGACUUGGCCUGUGACAGCUGUAUAUCACCUUACAAGAUGAAAAAAGUCUGCAAAACCCUUCAUCAAAAAACUUAAAAUGUCAAGCAGAAUGAAGCAAAGUGAUCCAUACCGUGGUUGAAUAUCUGUUAAACAUACCACACUGCUGCUAUUGGGAGAAGAAGUGACUGAGGACCAACCAGUAGGAUGGGGCUCACUUAGAGCAGAAAAAGGAGAUCUAAAGACUUUCAGACAUGUUAGGAGUAGUGACUUAAGUAUGAGAUAAUUUGUGCUUGCAGAUUGUUUAUUACACAAAAGGAAACACACAAAUAAGUAAAAUCAGUUUGUAUUUCAGAGGAA